AUGUCGCGUGUAGAAAUCGCAGAGUAUGAUAACCUGCGCGCCAGAAUCCUUCCAGACAAUGCUCCGGUUCUUCAUGGAGCGUCGCCUCGCGUAAUUCAUCAUGGAUACACCGUGGUAACUUCCCGUGAAGUUUCCGCAGCGGGCGACAUAUUUCGAGCCGCGCUAAUAGCAUAUUCCGGUCCUAGCGGCUCUACAGAGGGAACACUCCUUCGCAAAGGGGGAUCGCAUGGGCGCUUAGUCGAGGCCAUGCACUCUCUCCUUGCAGAAAUGGAAAAGGAGAUGGCCUACUACUUGCAGUCGAGCGCACCAGGCGAGAAGAUCGGAUAUCGGCAUACUCAAGCGGACGGCGACCAGACGCCCAAGGCUUGUCACUCUCCUCAGCACCUGACGGAACACCAGGAAGCUUCUGCGAAGCGGCGAACUGUGACUGUGCCCCGCAAAGCUCUCUCUCACUCCCGUUCCACGCCAGAAAUCAUUCCAGAUGCCUCUCGCGAUCGCUCGACAUCUCACCAUGCUACCACGGAGUACCUACGAUCGCAAGGAUUCGCAGAGCCAGUACCUCCGGUGCCUCCUGUACCUCGACUUGCCUAUAAGGCAUACCGGAUGCCGGCCGAGCCGCCACAGAGAGGAUAUAGGCCCUAUCGGCAGCCUCCACAAGCUCGCCACGGGUGA